GUGACUACAACUAAUGCCAUAGCUGUUGAUCGUUUGAGUUGAAGAUUGCUUUCUCACUUACGUUCAUGAUUACAACACUUUUGGUGCUGAUAUCCACGAUAAGCAUUAUAGCUUUGUCUAUCGGAUGGAUAUACAGGCAGAGGAUUGAUUCACAGCUCGCUGCUGUCGUGGUACUUGGUGAUAUAGGCAGAAGUCCACGUUGUAUGUACCACGCACUCUCACUCUUAGAGAAUGGUUAUGAAGUUAUGCUAGUAGGAUAUGAAGCUUCGACUCCUAUCAAGCAAUUAGUUCAUAAUGACAGAGUGAAGAUAAAAUCCAUAUAUAUACCAGAUACGAAAGGUUUACCAUUUGCAUUGACAGCUCUCAUUAAAGUCGCUUAUCAGAUAUACGGCUUACUCGCGUUAUUUACUUCUUCUCACCGCAUUCCGAGGUGGACACUGGUACAAACGCCACCUGCUAUACCAACUUUAGCAGUUGCUCAACUUCUUAGGAUUGUUACUGGCACCGGUCUUAUAAUUGACUGGCAUAAUACUGCUUUCUCACUUCUUGCUUUGAAAAUUGGGAAGAAGCAUCCGCUUGCGAUAUUAUCUAGAGCUAUCGAAUCAUUCACUGGCAAGUUAGCUGAUAUACACGUAUUCGUCACCGAUGCGAUGAGAAUGCAUUUAAGCAGCAAAUGGGGAUUGAUCGGGACAAAACUUACACUGCACGAUAGACCACCAAGUCUUUUCAAACGCCUUCCAGAAAACGAAAGGAAAACUCUACUAACGAAGCUAAAUUUGAUAGAUGACCCUAAGUUCAUUCCGUCGAGUAGCGAAACGGACAUAAAGACAGCAGUCAUUGUCAGUAGUACUUCUUGGACUCCUGAUGAGAACUUUGAUAUGCUCCUUUCUGCACUUGAGGUUUACGAAAACGCUUCAAAGAAGAACACACACCUUCCUAAUAUCCUCCUGGCAAUAACAGGGAAAGGCCCUCUCAAAGCUCAGUUCGACGAGCGCGUUAGUAAGCUCGAAACGGGUUGGACGAAUGUCAGAGUACGUACAGUAUGGUUAGAAGCAUCCGAUUAUCCGAAGCUACUUGGUUCUGCCCAUCUUGGCUUGUCUUUCCAUGCCAGCUCCUCUGGACUUGACCUUCCUAUGAAGGUUGUCGAUAUGUUUGGAGCAGGUUUACCUGUAUGUGCUCUUAAUUUUGCUUGCCUCCAUGAACUAGUUGUCGAUGGCGUUAAUGGUCUUACAUUUGAAAGUGGUACACAACUGGGACAGCAACUCGUGGACCUACUUGCAUCUAAUUCUAGACUCGUGAAACUUCGCAAUAACGUCAUAAACUCAAACGAAGCAGAUUGGCAAACAAAUUGGAACGAAAAGUUAAAUGACUUAUUAGAAUAGAGUAAUGUAUGCCUGUAUUUAUAAUUUAUUGUAUCAAGAAUGUAGUAAAAUGCUAUUAAAUCCGAAAGUUGAGUCUAAUGUUUUAGACUUAACUAAUCUUUCGAGAUCUCCUUUAUUCUGAUUAGUCGUAAUGGUAAAUCUGUCAAGUUGAGGUCCGCUUAUAUAAAGUGUUUCGUCUUCGAGGAAUGCAGCUGAGUGAUGUACUCCAGACCAAAUGUUUAGUGCUUUACAGGGAAGCUCCAACUUAUUUGGGAUAGGCGAUAUAACGGGGUUUUCGUCCACCAGUUGCAAGCCAACGUUCCAAACUUCUCCAGUAUCAUUCAGAAACCAGGAAUGAGCCCCAGCGACGGAAAUCUUUGUGAUAUAUCUACACCCAGCUUUAUCAAGAUGUUCGCUGAUAUUCCUUGGUUCAACGCCCUUGUCUUCAACCGAACAUAGGGAACCAUAUUCAGAAUUACCCCAGCCAACGACACUACCGUCCAUGGUGAGUACAGUUGCCGUAUCGCCAUUCGUGGAGAGCUGUUUUACGCCAUCAAAUCUGCCAAAAUCCCAUUCAACUUGCUUGAAUGUGUGACUAAGUGAAUGAUUAAAUGAUCGUCCGAGUUGAUUGUCUGUAUUGAGACCGGCGCUGAGAACUGUAUGACGGGUUGUUAAAUAAACGUUGGAUAAACUACUGUGUGCUGCUUCUAGCCUUUCGUUCAAAUUUGGUACUGGAGUUGGCUUCUCAAUAGACGAAACACUCUCAGGGUGUCCAAGCUGACCGUAGGAGUUAUCGCCUGAUACUAACGGUCUACCAUUUUCUAGCUUAACUCUGAAAUUGUUAAUUUCCUCAAAUGUCCGAUGUCGCUUCACCGAGUUGACGAUAGUUCGUAGCAUAGAUUAAGCCUCAUUUGUGAGAUUCUCUUUAGAUUUUAAUCGUUUUAUUGUGUGUAAUAGAUAAAUUGAGUCAUAGAUAAUAGUGACUCAUGAAGUCGAUAUAUUUAAGUUACUACUCAUCAUACCCGUCAUUUUACUUUAACUAAAUCUAUGGCAGGAAAUACUCAUAAAUUCAAUCAAGUCGAUGUAUUCACAGAUACUCCAUAUUAUGGCAAUCCAGUCGCAGUCGUUACUGUGAAUGGUAGCUUAUCAGAUUCACAAAUGCAACGUUUCGCGAAUUGGACAAACCUCAGCGAAACUACCUUCAUCACACCAUCAGAUAAAGCAGAUUACUAUCUCAAGAUAUACACACCAGCUAGUGAACUCCCCUUUGCUGGUCACCCCACUUUGGGUUCAGCUUACGUCUAUUUGAACUCACUUAAGGAGGAAGAACGUCAAGAUCUCAAGAACAAAGGCGGAACUAUCACACAAGAGUGCGGAAUAGGUAUCGUACACUUAAAAUGGGACUAUAGGACGAAUUUGUUGUCUUUCCAGGCACCGCCUCUUCUUAGAUCUGAUGAUGUUGAGCAAGGUCACGUAGAGAAGGUCUGCAAAUGUAUGGGUAUAAGUCGCGAUGAUGUUAUUGAUGCGAAAUGGGUCGAAAAUGGUCCACCUUGGUUUGGUAUACAACUCAAGAAUGCUCAGAAAGUGUUAGACGCUGCUAUAACAGAUAAGGAAAUUGUUUCCGGUCUCUACUUUGGCUUAUUUGGUGAAUAUGAAGAAGAAAAAAGUGAUGUAAAGUUUGAAGUGAGAGCUUUCGCGCCUCUAGCUGAUGGAGUAGGAGAAGAUCCUGUGACAGGAUCAUUUAAUGCUGGUAUCGCAAAAUGGCUACAAAAUCAAACGCCAAAACAUUACUUCAAUUCCCAGGGCACAAAGCUUGGCAGAAGAGGUAGAGUCAGCGUAACAGAAGAGGGCGGUGAAAUUUACAUUGGUGGUAAUGUUUCAGAAUGUAUUGCUGGUAAUGUAAUUAUAUGAAGAGACGAAAGUAACUUUAGGUUUGAGUAUAGUAUUUUAUAUUUUAAACUACGUCUAU